GGCUCCCGGCGGCCCCCGCGAGCGUCUGCGCCGCUGCCGUGCGCCAGCAGCCCCUCCCCGCCCUCGGCGGUGCUGGGCUCGGCCCGACACCGCGGGAGGAGCGGGGCCGCCCGCCCCGACAGCACCGGGAGCCCGCGGGGAAGGCGCCGCCGCCCCUGCCCUUCCCGCAGCCCUGCAGCGUCUCCAGCCAGCAGGACCGGGCUGCCCGCGCCCGGGGAGGGAGGAAAAUGGCUCAAGCUAUUGCACCAGUAGCAUCUAUCCAUGAUGAGGAAUCCUUGGAAAGCAGAAUGGUGGUUAAAUUCCUCAUGUCAGGACUUGAGUCAAUGUGUAAAGAACUUACCAAGUCCAAGGCAGAAGUUGCCUGUAUUGCUCUAUAUGAAACAGAUGUGUUUGUAGUUGGAACUGAGAAAGGAAGAGCCUUUGUCGACUCUAGGAAAGAUUUUCAGAAGGAUUUUGUUACAUACUGUGUUACAGAAGAGGACACGGCUGCAGAACUGCAGAAAACGAAGACUAUACCUGCUGAAACAGGGGUAGACAACCUGACAGGGGAUGUUGUGGAACUGGAGACUCUCAGAAAGUCUGUGGAGGACUUUUUCUGCUUUUGCUAUGGUGAAGCUUUAGGAAGGUCAACGAUGGUACCUGUGCCAUAUGAGAAGAUUCAGAGGGACCAGUCUGCUGUCAUAGUGCAGGGCCUGCCCAAAGGACUUGCAUUUAAAAAUCCAGCAGAUUACGAUGUUUCAACCCUGAAAUGGAUUUUGGAAAACAAGUCAGGGAUCUCUUUUGUUAUCAAAAGGCCUUUCUUAGAGCCAGAGGAACAUACAGGAGCUCAUAUAACAGAUGCUUCACAUUCAAUUAUACCUCCAGGUGGAAGUUGUCCUCCUAUUAAAGUGAAAACGGAACCAAGCAGAGAUUCUGGAAUUUCUUUGGAAAUGGCAACGGUACCAGUGAAGGGGGAAUCAGAUGACUACCAUAGGUUUAAUAUCCCAGCAGGCCCUUCUGAGACAUCAGAGAUGGAUGAAAAAUCUGCUUUUGCAAGAAGUUACAGAGACUCUCUUCAGUACUAG